CUAUUUAAAAGUUUUUAUAAAUAAAUGAAAAAUUUAAUAAUUAUUGAUCGAGUUUGAGUUUGUUAUUUAGAAAUUGAAAAUUAUAUUGAAAAUAUUUAUUUACCCUGAUGGUAGCUCUCACAAAAAGAUGAAUGUUACAAAGAAUGAUAGUUAGUAAUAAGAGAAAAUGUGAUUGGAUAUCAUCAUCUUUUGACGAACUUCCAAGUCUUUCAAUAAACACAACAAGGUCAAAACAGAAUGAUCAGACAGUUCUUAAAGUAGCAAAGAAACCAAUACUCAAAAGAACAGAAGCCUUUGAUCAAUGGGUAGAAAAGUAUAAGCCUCAAACACUAAGUGAUCUUUCAGUUAAUAGAAAAAAAGUAAUAGAAGUCGAACAAUGGUUGAAGAGUCAUUUUAAUAGUGAUCAAACAAAAAGUGGAGCAGGAAUUUUGUUAUUAACAGGUCCAUCUGGUUGUGGGAAAACAGCUACUAUAAAUGUUUUAGCAAACCAAAUGAAAUUUGUUGUAAAAGAAUGGAUUAAUCCUACCACAAAUGAAUAUCAAGAGCGAUCUUCAUCUAAUUGGCGCGAGUUUCUUGUGAGCCAAGAUUCACAAAGUCAGCAAUUUACAGAAUUUUUACUUCGAGCAAAUAGAUACAAUCAAGUUGCUAUAUUUGGUGAUAUUAAAAAUGAAAAUUUACAGAAAAAAGUUGUGUUGAUUGAAGAUUUACCUAACUUUGCUUUACACAAACCAGAGAAAUUCCACAACAUAUUACGUGAAUAUUUGGCAGGUGGGCGAUCUCCAAUUAUCAUUAUUAUGUCUGAUGGUCAUAGUUCAGAGUCUGUGCAUUUAGUAUUUCCUAAGCAUAUUCAAGUUAUGCUAAACAUAAAAGUAAUAAGUUUCAAUUCUGUUUCAAUGACCGCUCUAACAAAAACUAUGAAUAGUAUAAUUGAAAAAGAAAUGUCCUCAUCAAACAUAACCAUUCCAUCUAAAGACACUUGCUCAAUGUUGGCAACAGCAAGCAAUGGUGAUAUACGUUCAUGCAUCAAUUCAUUGCAGUUUUUAUGCACAAACUGUUUUCUCCCUAAAUCUAAGAAUAUAGAAAAAAAUAAUUCAAAAGGAAGAAAAUAUAAUUCUCAUAAGAACAAAGAUGGCUCUGGUACCUUGAUCAAUUGUAAAGAUUCGUCAUUGUUUUUGUUUAGAGCUCUUGGAAAAAUACUUUAUUGCAAAAGGCUUAAUGAGGUGGAACGUUUUGCUUUUCAGCUGAAUCCAACUCAAAAAUCAUUAGUUCGAAUGGAGUUGAACUUAGAUCCAGAGGAUGUUUUUAUGCGUACUCAGAUUACGUCUGAAAUGUUUCUUCUAUAUAUUCAUGAAAAUUAUCCUGACUUUUUCAAUUCAGUAGAUGACAUUGCAUGUGCUAGUGAUUACUUGUGUGACUCAGAUGUCAUGAAUGGUUUAUGGACUGCUAACUCAGUGAUGUGUGAUUAUUCAGCAUCAGUUGGAAUACGCGGAGUUAUGUUUACUAAUACUCAAAUGCAAUCAAUUACAGGAACAGUCGCUGGCGGUUGGAGACCUCUUCAUAAACCUGAGUGGUUCCAAAGAUUUAAAACACUGCAUAGCAGAUUAAAAUGCUCUGUACAGACAGAGAAAAGAUAUCCUGCCCUUGAACUUUAUACAGAGGUGUUACCAUAUAUGGCCAAAUGUGACUCAAAUGUGCUCCGUUCGUUUGAGCGAGAUAUUGCUUGUUUUCAAAUUUCUCGUCAUCCUCAAAGAAUUUCUCUGGGUACCGAUCAAGACGAUUAUAAUUCUAUAGAUGAAAGCAAUGGCACGGCUUCUAAUGGGGCUUCUAAAACAACUUUUCAACAAGGUGUUGAAACCAUUGGUAGUGGUUUACAAGAAGAAGAUGAAGAAAUAGAAGAUUUUGAUGAUUGAUUUCUCACGAGAAAGAGAACGUCUUUAUCACAAAAGUGUUAUAAGUUAAAUUAUGUAAAAAAGUUAUAAUAAAUUUAAAAAAUUUGAAAAUAAUUUAACAAAUGAUAA